AUGGCCCCUGUGAAUGUUAAUUUGUCUAAUCAAGAAAGGGUCUGGAAUACUUUAUACGAACAUGGGGACAUUACUUAUCGAAAAGUAUUUAACGAAGGUGAUCGUGUACGGAUCAGCCAAAGUCGAAACACGUUUAAAAAGGGUUAUACCCCGUCGUGGACGGAAGAACUGUUUACGGUGAGCCGCGUGAACGCGACAACGCCUGUAACAUACGUCUUGAAAGAUGAUUCAGGUGAAGAAGUGAAAGGUUCGUUUUACAAAGAGGAGCUUCAGAAAGUGGGGGACAAAAAAGUGUACCGCGUCGAACAAAUUAUACAAGAAAGAAAGGGUGUCGGUGGUAAAGAGUAUUUAGUCAAGUGGUUCGGUUAUAACCCUUCAUUCAACAGUUGGAUUUCAGCUAGAGACAUUUCGAAAUAUAAAGACUAA